ACGCUUUUCCUUCCGUCCCGAACCAGAUCCUUACUGUCAAGCUAAAUAUACUUUCUGUCCCACUGGCUCCGCUAUCCCUGUGAUGAAGGAUGAUGAUGUCAUUGAAGUCUUUCGGUUACAGGCCCCAGUGUGGGAAUUUAAAUACGGAGACCUCCUGGGACACAUGAAAAUCAUGCAUGAUGCCGUUGGGUUCAGGAGCACUUCAACUGGCAAGAACUACACAAUGGAAUGGUAUGAGCUUUUCCAACUCGGAAACUGCACAUUUCCCCAUCUCCGACCUGAAAUGAACGCCCCUUUCUGGUGUAAUCAAGGAGCUGCCUGCUUUUUUGAAGGAAUUGAUGAUAUUCACUGGAAGGAAAAUGGGACGUUAGUUCUGGUAGCAACCGUAUCAGGAAACGUGUUUAACAAAAUGGCAAAGUGGGUAAAACAAGACAAUGAAACAGGGAUUUAUUAUGAGACAUGGACUGUCCAAGCCAGCCCAGAAAAAGGCGCAGAGACAUGGUUUGAAUCCUACGACUGUUCCAAAUUUGUGUUAAGGACAUAUAAGAAGUUGGCUGAACUUGGAGCAGAGUUCAAGAAGAUAGAAACCAACUAUACAAGAAUAUUUCUUUACAGUGGAGAGCCUGCUUAUUUGGGAAAUGAAACAUCUAUUUUUGGGCCAGCGGGAGACAAGACUCUUGCCUUAGCCAUAAAAAGAUUUUAUUAUCCCUUCAAACCACAUUUGACAACUAAAGAAUUUCUGUUGAGUUUCUUGCAAAUUUUUGAUACAGUGGUUAUACACAGACAGUUCUAUUUGUUUUAUAAUUUUGAAUAUUGGUUUUUACCCAUGAAAUUCCCUUUUAUUAAAAUAACAUAUGAAGAAAUCCCUUUACCAAACAGAAACAAGACACUCUCUGGUUUAUAAAAUCUUAAUUCUAUUUUUUUUUCUACUAGCUCAUCAGUUUUUCAGGGAGUAGUUCUACAUAUGUGGAUUUCUUAGACCUUCCUUUCUUGAGGAAGAAAUGUAAAAUGCACAAUGGCACAGUGCUGCAUAAUAAUAUCUCAGGAAUUUUUUUGGAAAGAAGCUAAAAACUUGCUGCGUUGGCCAAAGUGAGCCCGUUAGGUGAUCUUGAUCUUGACUUCAAUCUCCAAGCCUUUGUUAAUAUGGAGAAUUACAAUUCAUAUGAGAUACAUAGGGUCUUUUGACUCAGAAAUUUAAAAAUGUGGAUAUGAUGUGCCAAAACUUUAGAAAUACCCUCAGUGACAUUCUCAUGGUGGGAGCUACUCUUUUCUGGUAUAGUAGUUACGCUUUUUCACUUAGGUAUGUUUUAGUAAUUUUUAUUGAUUUUAUAGCCUUUGUAACUUUUGGAACCAGGUCUGGUAGUUUGAUUUUCUUCCACUCAGUUAACCUUAAAAAGUAAUUUAGACACAGUAGCUGAAGUGGUUGUGCUUUCAGAUGUGAUAAAAACAGUGAUAAAGAGCACAGGUUUCCGGCUGGCAUUUUAGACCUGGUUGGUAACUGGCAUGUUGUGAUUUAAGCAGUUUAACAUCUCUGAACCUUAGUUCCUUUAUCUCUAAAGUGAUUAAUAUGUCAGGAUUGUUGUAAGGAUUGAAGCCGUGUAUAAUUCGGCCUAGUAAGGUCACAGUAAAUGGCAGCUGUAACAAUUAAUCAAAGAACAGAUUGCCAUCCUUGAUCUUGCCUAAUGUGGUUUACGUGCCAGCCUUUCCUGGCUUUGUAAUAAUCACCUAGACUUUUGAGUUGGCCACUUAAGUGCUUCUGCAGUUCUUCAAACACACAGGACUCGGAAGUAUCCACUGCAGACACAGCUGGGUGAACAGGCACCUCUCACCCCUUCACUGCUUCUCGCAGGCCUCCCGCCGCCCACUAAGGCUGCCAGCGGUGAAACAGGGUCACUUCCCAGAGGGAGGGCAGGUUUUUGUCAAGAUCUCCAAGUAGCUGCGCUUCCAAUAGGGCCAAUCAAUCAAGGUUUCAGGGUCCUUUAAGUUUUGAUGAUCAACUGAACACGUUGUUUCUAUUCAUGGAAAAAACAUACAGGUCUGUAAAAUGAUGGAGCAAUCAGAGAAAACAGUCUGUAUUUAAUAUGUAAAUAUACUGACUGUUAUUCAGUGGGCUUCCUGUGAGGUUGGUACAGUGAGUUCUCAUGAAAGGCCUAAGCAUAGAUACUCACCUGAUUCAGAUGAGUAAACUGAGGGUUAGAAAGGUCACAGAACCUUUUUACAGCUCCCUAGCUAGUGCUAAUGCAGCCAUAUUUUGGACCAGAUUCUGCUCACUGACAACAAAGCAGUUUUUUCUAAUGCUACUCAAAGUGCGGUCCUUAGACCAGCGCCUGAGCCACAUUUUACUAACACCACAUUAGGGGUCUGAGGAUACAAGUGCCGAUAUGGAUGGGAAAGCAUCUUGAAGCUUUUAAAGCAGCUUACUGGAGCAAUUUUGUUUCUGUUGAAUCUAACAAAAAAAAAUUGAGGCUUGUA